AUGAGGGAGGAAGCACCAACGUAUGAACAUUGGGUUGCGUCACCAUGGCGGAGUGAAUUUGCGGAGGAUAGGUCGUUCGAUCCGCCAUACCGACCUUUAUUAGCGACUGUUGAUUACAAUAGCUCGGAAAGGAGAUCUGCCGAUCGAGGAUUUUUGUCACGAUUUUCAACAGAAAACGAAGCAUUGCGUUCCUCAGCAAGGACAGUCGCAUCGCCGUUCACUGAUGAAAUUCUGAACGCGCCGAAUCCGAAGAAGUUUUCCAUGUCGAUCUUCAUUCUGUUUGACGAAACAACUGAUCCGGUCGAUCACAUAUACCAUAUUCAGUUAAAAAUGGCUUUGAAUACUAAUAAUGAUCCUUUGAUGUGCAAGUGUUUUCCUACGAGCCCGGCUGGACCAGCUCUCAAUUGGUUCAAGAAUCUGGCUCAAGGCUCAAUCGCCAGUUUCCAGGACUUAUGCGAUAAGUUCAUAAGCCAGUAUUACGGGAAUAAGCGUCCGGCUAAGGAUGUAUCGAGCCUUUUUACAAUGAAGCAGCAUGAGGAUGAACGGCUCCAAGCUUUUCUCACCCGGUUCAACCUCGAUAAGAGCAUGGUAAUGGAGUGCCACCCGUCCAUAGCAGUCCAAGCAUUUAAACUUGCAAUGAACCGGGGGACGCCGUUUCACACCAGCUUGGUGGUUAAUACGCCAAAGACAAUAGACGAGCUGAACGAGAGAGCUGACGGUUUUGUUCGCCUUGAGGAGGAAGAAGCAGCUAAUUCAAGGAAGACGUCAAUUAUUUCGACGGAGGAGAAGUUCAAAGCCAAGAUCCGGCAAAAACAAGCUCAACCGCAACGUCACCCCUCAUGGAAGGCGGAGAAGAGGCCCAGGGAGGAGGAAUCAGUCACUCCACUCAGAGUCACUUUAGCAAGGCUAUACCAGGAGAACAAAGAUAAGUUUCGUCCUCCUCUGCCAAUCAGGCAACCUCUUGAACAGAGAGAUCAGACUAAACAUUCUACUUUCCAUAGUAUUUUGGGCAUCAGACUAACGAAUGCAGGAACCUAA